AUGCAUCUUCAAAGCUCCGAUCAUUUUGGGAUGAAUCUGGUGUUGAUCCAGCUGAAUGGUAACAACUUCCUACCAUGGAAGCGAGCUGUUCUCAUCGCACUAGGCGCGAAAAACAAGCUCGAUUUCGUCAACGAUUCGAACAUUAGGACAUUCUCGUCUGUCCGAAACUCAGACAUGGCGAAGCUCAACAAGUUCAAGAUUGGUCUGUGUCAGAUCUCAGUUACCGCAGAUAAAAGAAGUAACAUAGACAAAGCGUGUAGCAUGAUUGAAUCUGCUUCCAAACAAGGUGCAAAUCUUGUGGUUUUACCCGAAAUGUGGAACUGCCCUUACUCAACCGAGUAUUUCGAGCGAUUUGCGGAAAAUUUCGAAGACGAAAUUAAUGCACCAACAUAUAAAAUGCUAUCAAGAAUCGCUUCACGAGAAGGGCUCACGAUUAUCGGAGGUUCUAUCCCCGAAUGGUGUGGCGGCCGAUUGCAUAAUACUUGCUGCGUUUUUGGGCCUAAUGGGAAAUUACUAGCUAAACACAGAAAAAUCCAUAUGUUUGAUGUUGAUAUUCCAGGUGAUAUUUCGUUCAAAGAAUCGGAUAUCUUUUUAGCUGGGGCCGAGCCUACAAUUGUCGAUACUGAUGUUGGCCGGAUCGGAAUAGGCAUUUGCCACGAUAUCCGCUUCCCGGAGCUUGCGAUGGUUUACGAAGCUAGAGGUGCUGAUAUGAUUUGCUACCCAGGGGCUUUCAACAUUAGCACAGGUGAAGCAUUGUGGGAGCUGGAGCAAAAAGCCAGGCUACAAAUUCGUGUUUUUGUUAAGUUGUAUGUAGCUACUUGCUCUCCUUCUAGGGAUUCAGCCGGGUCUUACGCGAUAUGGGGUCACUCGUCUCUUAUUGAUCCGUUGGGUAGAGUUAUUGCAACCUCAGGGCAUGAAGAGACUAUUGUACUAGCAGAAGUUGAUUAUGAUGCAACUCAAUGCACAAGGGAAAGUCUCCCCAUUUUGAAGCAAAGGCGCCAAGAUAUUUAUCGUUUUAAAGUCCUUUAUUAG